CCUGCGCCGGUGUUGACCGUGGGAGGAGCUAGCCGAGUCUUUCUUAUCUGUGGGUUGGCGCUCUGUACGUCACGUGGUCGUUAGAGGCUCUGUGAUUGGAUCAGGAAUCACCAGUUGACGUAACCUCCCAGGACGAGGAAGUUUUGACGGUGUUGGAUUAAAAAAAGAAACAAGGCAACAUAAAACAAUAAGGCUAAGAGUGUAUAGGUGAAGGCACGGCGCACUACCGCGUCUGUGUGCUCCGUGUCAGCACUCAAAAUGUUUAAAGGUUUGGGUAGCUGGUUAGGACUAGACCCAGAACCGGACGCACAAGGCACCGGGGAGGUAGAACAGGCGACGGACAGAGGUGGAGAGCAGGCCGAUGGGUCUCAGGACGCGGAGAUCAAGCGCUCCAGCGGCGAUGAAGAGGAUGACGUGCUGGUCAGACAGGCGAAGGGACUCGGCAAUUAUCUAUUGAACUUUGCUUCAGUUGCUACAAGAAAGAUAUCCGAUUCAGUUAGUGAAACCGCUCAGAGUAUCAAGAAGUCAGUGGAAGAAGGCAAAAUUGAUGGAAUCAUCGACAAGACGAUCAUUGGCGAUUUCCAAAAAGAGCAAGAAAAGUUUUUGAAUGAAAAGAAUACCAAAAAAACAGAAGCAGCAGUACCUCCUUGGGUUGGCUAUAAUGAAGAGGAAACCAUUCAGCAGCAGAUCCUGGCCUUAUCAGCAGAUCGGCGAAACUUUCUCAGGGAUCCACCUGCUGGUGUCCAUUUUAAUUUCGAUUUUGAUCAGAUGUACCCCGUGGCCCUUGUAAUGCUACAGGAAGAUGAACUGCUUAAUCGGAUGAGAUUUGAUCUUGUUCCAAAACUGGUAAAGGAAGAAGUCUUUUGGAGAAACUAUUUCUAUCGAGUUUCUCUGAUUAAGCAAUCUGCACAGCUCACUGCCCUAGCAGCCCGGCAGCCUACAGGGAAGACUAGUGGAUGGCAACACGACGUUGACUUGGAAGAAAGUGUACGCCCAAAGACUCCACCAGUGGCUGUCAGUUCACAACUUAAAACUCAAGAGGACGAAGAGGACAUUUCCACAAGCCCAGAAGUAUCAGAAUUUGUGAGCGAGGCUUUUGACACAUCCAACCUUAACCAAGAGGACCUACGAAAGGAAAUGGAGCAACUUGUUCUUGACAAAAAAGAUGAACUUGACACAGCGGAAGAAGAGUCAGAAGAUUGGAUCAAGGAAUUGCAGCAAGUGGUCCAGGAAUAUGAAGUUGUCUCAGACUCUGACAAAAUUAAAGAUGAGAACUGGGACAAAGAGAUUGAGGAACUACUACAGGAGAGUUAAUUGGCUGGUGUUUUGGUUUGUGGAAGUUACUUCAUUCAUUCCUUUGACUCUGUAAUAGUUCAUGGGUUUUGGUCAGCAUUGAUUUUCAGUAACAGAUUUAUUAUCUAUACAAAAUACGUUUAUUGAAAUUCUUGUAUUUUCAAACCUUUGUGAUAUAUUUGUGUGUUGAUUGAUUUUUUUCAUGUCAUCGAUUUUAGGAGGACUCUCAGAGGUAUGGUCUCAAGUUAUUGUCUAUUGCAUACCCUUUGUAACAAGUGAAGGGAAUAUAAUUUGUUUGGGCUAUUAUAACUUGUUUCCACGAAAUACUAUUAAAUUCACAAAUUGAGUUUGGUGCUUUGGUACUCCAAUCCCCUCUCCAGAAACUUUUAUCAAACAAAUUAUUUAAUCAGUUUUCAAUAAGUUAUUAUGGGAUUUUAUUUUUUGGACAUGUGUAGAGUAAUAUUGCACAAGUAGUAAUGCAUAUUAUAGGUAAACUGCAUAUUAAAUAUCAUAUACUGUAUAGUUGCUAUUGCCAAAUUAAUGGUAUAUUAUGCCUUUUUCAAAAUUAUAUUUUCUCUUUAUAUUUUAUUAUGUUUGCUAAAUUACUAUGUUCAUUAAUUAAUGUAAAUAUUAAAACACAACGGUUUCCUGUCCUUAAAA